AUGGGCACCCUGUCUCGACGCGUGAACUGGUGCCCGCGCUACCGACUCUGCUCCAGACGGGGGACGCGGAUUGACUCGGGGCGGCCAAGGGGGAUAUGGGCCUGCACGGCGCAGAGUGCCUACUAUACAGACAGUAUCGUAACACAGCGACAGGCGAGCAAACGGCACGACUACGACUACGACUACGACUACGACUACCACGCCUAUUAUUUAGCACUCAGACUUACGACGGCGGAAGCGGGAUGCGAACAUGGUAGAGCCUGGUCCUUUUGUCGUCACCGUCGCCCAAGCCGUAGUGCUAGCCCGCUGCCCGCUGUACCGCCACGAGGUCCCACAUGUCCCUCUGCAUAUGCUACCCAACCGGCGAGUGCGCCGAGCCCAAGCAAAUUCUGCGACAGGACAGGGCAGGGUAGGACAGGACAGGACAGGACAGGACAGGACAGCACUCACGCCUACGCCCUCGCUCUACUGCAUCCGCCGCGAAACAAAUCGACGUGGCCACUCCUCGCCGCCCAAGCUGCAGCCAUGCCGCGCUAUCAGGACCCUCUUCCUCCACGUUCCUCUUCCCCCCCCCAUAACCCCGAUCCACGCGCCCUUCCUUCACACGCGCGCCUCGCCUCUGCAUCCGUCCGUGGCAGCACAUGCGCCCCUCCCCUGUCCCAAGCUCCCGUCGCCUUCGCCUUCGCCAUUGCCAUACUCUGCUAG